GGCGAACCUUUCCCGCGGCCGCAUUCUCAUGUAAACUGCCUCCCUCCAUUUCUGCCAUGCGUGGCAGCAACCUCAAACCUUCCCUUUGCCGCGCGCGUUCCUAUAAAUGCUUAAAAAUAUUCCUCGCUUCUUCCCUCGCUGAACGCACGAGUGCCGGAGUCGACAGGCUCUCGGCCAGAAGGCCUGAGAGGGCUGUCGCACCGUAAGAUCGCCACAUCCGGUCCCCGGUUACUACGGAAUUUGAGUCCCAGCAGGUUGGCGCCCAGGACCCUUCAGAACCUCCAACCGCCUCUCCAGACCUCUGACGAUGCCCCCAGUGUAGCCCAGCAACCUGGCUUUACUCCCGGGACGCGCAGUCUCGGCUUGCCGCUAAGGUCAAGCCCCCGGGUUGGUAGUGUAGCUUCAGCCUGUCCACUCCGCCCUGUCCCUAAGGUAGUGGGACCCGUCCUCCGCUCUACCGCCCCCUCCAGGUGAGUGGUAGCGUCUCUCGGGAGCGCGAGGUAGUGAUGACACGCGUCACCCCUCCUCCGAGCGCGAGUUGGUAGCGUCUGUGACGGAGUUAGCCCGAUCCUCCCACGCGCGCCUCCUUCCUCGCCGCUUCUGCGUCCUCUCGGUGCCACUGGCUCUCAUGCGUCGGUAGCCCACUCCGCAUCAUCCUCUCGCCUCGCUGCCAGAGGGAAGUGACUAUAUUUCCUCAGUCCGCCUCCCAACCCGGCAGCCGCGGAUAGUCGGUCGGGCCCGCCCGCUGACGUCACCUGAUAGCCCCGCCUCCUCUAGGGUCCUGGGCCCUUUCGGCGGGGGCCGGGGGGAGUCAGUUGAGGCGGCGGGAGCUCGGCGGAGGGCGGGCCAGGUGACUGGUCCGGGCCAUGCCGAGAAAGAAGCCCUUCAGCGUGAAGCAGAAAAAGAAGCAGUUGCAGGACAAGCGGGAGCGGAAGAGAGGGCUUCAAGAUGGGCUACGCUCCAGUUCCAACAGCCGCAGCGGGAGCCGGGAACGGCGGGAGGAGCAGACCGACACCUCGGACGGGGAAUCUGUGACCCAUCAUAUCCGCAGGCUCAACCAGCAGCCUUCCCAGGGGCUGGGUCCGCGAGGCUACGACCCAAAUCGAUACCGGUUGCAUUUUGAGCGGGACAGCCGGGAGGAGGUGGAGAGGAGAAAGAGAGCAGCCCGGGAGCAAGUGCUACAGCCGGUCAGUGCUGAGGUGCUGGAGCUGGACAUCCAGGAGGUUUAUCAGCCUGGGUCAGUCCUGGACUUUCCCCGACGUCCUCCUUGGAGCUAUGAGAUGACCAAGGAGCAACUAAUGAGCCAGGAGGAACGGAGCUUCCAGGAGUAUCUUGGGAAGAUUCAUGGGUCUUACACCUCUGAGAAACUCAGCUACUUUGAACACAAUCUGGAGACAUGGAGGCAGCUGUGGCGAGUGUUAGAGAUGUCUGACAUUGUCUUACUUAUCACUGAUAUCCGACAUCCAGUUGUGAAUUUCCCACCAGCACUUUAUGAGUACGUGACGGGAGAACUUGGGCUGGCUCUGGUGCUGGUCUUGAACAAGGUGGAUCUGGCCCCACCAGCUCUCGUGGUUGCCUGGAAGCAUUAUUUCCACCAACACUAUCCUCAGCUCCACAUCGUCCUUUUCACCUCUUUCCCUCGGGACCCCCGCACGCCACAGGACCCUAGUAGUGUCUUGAAGAAGAGUCGGAGGCGGGGAAGAGGAUGGACUCGGGCUCUGGGCCCAGAGCAGUUGCUGAGAGCAUGUGAAGCCAUCACCACAGGGAAAGUGGACUUGAGCAGCUGGCGGGAGAAGAUUGCUCGGGAUAUGGCUGGGGCUACCUGGGGUAAUGGCUCUGGGGAGGAGGAGGAAGAGGAAGAUGGGCCAGCAGUCCUGGUGGAGCAACAGACUGAUUCAACAAUGGAGCCAACCGGCCCAACUCGGGAGCACUACAAAGAUGGAGUGGUGACCAUUGGCUGUGUGGGUUUCCCCAAUGUGGGAAAGUCCUCACUGAUCAACGGGCUGGUGGGGCGGAAGGUUGUGAGUGUUUCCAGAACCCCAGGCCACACCCGAUACUUUCAGACCUACUUUCUCACCCCCUCCGUGAAGCUCUGUGACUGCCCGGGCCUCAUCUUCCCCUCUCUUCUGCCCAGGCAGUUACAGGUUCUGGCAGGGAUCUACCCCAUCGCCCAAAUCCAGGAGCCCUACACUUCUGUGGGCUACCUGGCCUCCCGCAUCCCUGUGCAGGCCCUGCUUCACCUGCGCCACCCAGAGUCUGAGGACCCCUCAGCAGAACACCCCUGGUGUGCCUGGGACAUCUGUGAAGCCUGGGCAGAGAAACGUGGUUACAAGACAGCUAAGGCGGCUCGGAACGAUGUGUACAGAGCAGCCAACAGUCUCCUGCGGCUGGCAGUUGAUGGCCGCCUCAGCCUGUGUUUUCAUCCCCCAGGCUACAGUGAACAGAAAGGCACCUGGGAGUCUCAUCCAGAUACCAUGGAGCUGGUGGUUUUGCAGGGCAGAGUGGGGCCGGCAGGAGAUGAGGAAGAGGAGGAAGAGGAAGAGCUGAGCAGCUCCUGUGAGGAAGAAGGAGAGGAGGACCGAGAUGCGGAUGAAGAGGGAGAAGGGGAUGAGGACACCCCAACCGCAGCUCCAGGGUCCAGCCUGGCUGCCCGAAACCCUUACGCCCUGCUGGGUGAGGAUGAGUGCUGAAUCCCCACCUGGUGCCAUCUUCCCCACCCAAUAUCUUUGCUUCUGGACUGACGUGGGGGUAUCUUUGCCACCGGUUGUGAAUAAAGAUUGUCUGCUUUGUA